AUGGCCGAGGGGAUCCCCGCCUGCGGGCGCCUCUACGACACCUCCUUGCUGCUGCAGUUCUGCAACGAUGACAACCUGUCCGGCCUCAGCAGCAUGGAAGUGGACGACCGCAUCUCCUACCUGGAGCAGCGCCUGCAGCUGCAGGAGGACGAGAUCCAGGUGCUGAAGGCGGCCUUGGCUGACGUCCUGCGGCGCCUGAGCACCUGCGAGGAGAACGGGCUCAGCCUCUCCAAGCGGGGGUCCCCAUCUGACCCCUGUCCUGUCUCUCCUGCAGUUUACCAGCUGCUGCGGGGGCUGCCCUCCAGGCCCACCCUGAGCAAUGGGGUCGUCCCGCACAGGAGAGGCUACGCCACCUCCCCCUCGUCCCCCAAGAGGGAACUCCUUCCUGGAAAAAGCGGGCACAGUAGCUGCCCCUCGCCGGAGCGCCCCGCCUCGCUCAAGCGCGAGAGUUUCAAGGACCAGAGGAGCCGCACCACUUCCUCCAGCAGCUCCUGCAGCGGCAAACGCGACGGCAAACCAAAAGAAGCCAUCUUCAAUGCUGAGGAUGGUUACGUGAAAAUGUUCCUGCGGGGACGGCCCAUCCCCAUGUUUGUCCCCGAUGCCGUGGUGGCCACCUACAGCCUGGACGCCAAGCUGGAGCUGCCGCACAAGAAGCUGAAGCUGGACUGGGUGUACGGGUAUCGGGGCCGUGACUGCCGGGCCAACCUUUUCCUGCUGCCCACGGGGGAGAUUGUCUAUUUCGUGGCUGCCGUGGCCGUCCUUUACAACGUGGAAGAGCAGCGACAGCGCCACUACCUGGGCCACACCGACGAUAUCAAGUGUUUGACUGUGCAUCCAGACAUGGUGACUGUAGCAACCGGACAGGUGGCCGGGACGUCAAAGGACGGCAAGGCGUUGCCGCCCCAGGUGCGCAUCUGGGAUUCCGUGAGCCUCAACACCCUCCACGUCCUGGGGCCUGGACCUUUCGACCGAGCAGUCACCUGCGUGGGAUUCUCCAAGUCUAACGGGGGUGGCCUCCUGUGUGCCGUGGAUGACUCCAACGACCACGUGCUCUCCGUCUGGGACUGGCAGAAGGAGCAGAAGCUGGCUGACGUGAAGUGUUCCAAUGAGUCCGUGCUGGCCGCCACGUUCCACCCCACGGAGCCCACACUCCUCAUCACCUGUGGAAAAUCCCACAUCCACUUCUGGACCCUGGAAGGUGGCAGCCUCAGCAAAAGGCAGGGCAUCUUUGAGAAACACGAGAAGCCCAAGUAUGUCCUCUGCGUGGCCUUUACAGAAAACGGGGACACGGUGACCGGCGACUCCGGGGGCAACCUUUACAUCUGGGGCAAAGGGGGGAACCGGAUCUGCCACGCGGUGCCCGGCGCCCACGAGGGGGGCAUCUUCGGCCUCUGUGUGCUGCGGAAUGGGACCAUCCUCACGGGGGGCGGCCGAGACCGCCGGGUGGUGCUUUGGGGACGGGAUUAUCAGAAGCUGCAGGAGAACGAGGUCCCGGAUGGCUUCGGACCAGUGCGCACCAUUGCUGAAGGGAAGGGCGACUCGCUCUUUGUGGGCACCACUCGCAACUCUGUGCUACAGGGGUCCUUGUCGACCGGCUUCUCUCUCCUGGUGCAGGGACACACCGAAGAGCUUUGGGGCCUGGCCACCCACCCCACCGUGGACCAGUUCCUGACCUGUGGGCAGGACAAGCAGGUCCACCUGUGGAGUGUGGCCACCCACCAGCCUCUGUGGAGCAAGGGAAUUGAGGAUGCAGCUCGCUCGGCUGGCUUCCACCCCAACGGUUCGGUACUGGUGGUGGGCACUGUCACGGGCAGGUGGCUAGUGCUGGACACGGAGACCCGGGACCUGGUGGCCAUUCACACGGACGGAGGAGAGCCCAUCUCUGUGGUCAGCUUUUCCCCAGACGGGAAGUACCUGGCUUUGGGUUCCCAUGAUAACUUUGUCUACAUCUACCUGGUUUCCGAGGGUGGCAGGAAGUACGGUCGGGUUGGCAAAUGCUCGGGUCACUCCAGCUUCAUCACCCAUCUGGACUGGGCCUUUGACAGCAGCUGCCUGGUCACCAAUUCGGGGGAUUAUGAGAUUCUCUAUUGGGAUCCCUCCACCUGCCGGCAAGUCACCAGCGCGGAGGCUGUGCGCAACCUGGAGUGGGCUACCGCCACCUGCGUGCUGGGCUUCGGGGUGUUUGGGAUCUGGCCGGAGGGGGCGGAUGGCACCGACAUCAACGCCGUGUGCCGCUCCCACGAGGGCAAGCUCCUGGCGUCGGCUGACGACUUCGGCAAAGUGCACUUGUUCUCCUACCCCUGCUGCCAGCCGCGGGGCCCCAGCCACACCUACAGCGGGCACAGCAGCCACGUCACCAACAUCGCCUUCCUCCACGACGACAGCCUGCUGCUCUCCACCGGUGGGGUGGACACCAGUGUCCUCCAGUGGCGCCUCGUGUAG